CUUUAAAAAGAUCAAGAGAGAGCGAGUAAUUAGGUCUCUAGAGGCUGUAUUUCGUUGGGUUCCCUCUGCAGGUUCGUCACUCUCACUUCUCUCUCUAGAACCUUGGUAUAAUUCCAACAAUACAUGUUCUCAUGAAUUCUUUUGAAUCAAACCAACAUGUUAAUCCCAAUUCACCCCCAAUAACAACCCACCCCAUCAAAUCAAAAUUCAAUUUUUUUGCAUUUUACACACUGCCCUUAUUGCUUCUUAUUUUAGCAGUCACAUUAGGUUUCACAAGAACAAACUACUAUAAAGUUCACUACUUGAGACACUCACUCACAUCACAAACCCUAAUUCAAGCAAUUGGGUCUCUGUUUUCACCCUCAAAAUCAGUUUUUGUGCCCUCCCAAUGUGUGCUAUGGAUGGCUCCUUUUCUCUCAGGCGGUGGGUAUAGCUCAGAGGCUUGGUCUUAUGUUCUGUCCCUUCAUAGCCACACCAAAAUGCAUUCAUUUAGGUUGACAAUUGAGCACCAUGGAGAUCAAGAAUCAUUGGAAUUUUGGGAGGGUUUGCCACAAGAAAUGAAGAAUUUGGCUUAUGAGCUAUACCGAACAGAGUGUAGAAUGAAUGAGACCAUUGUGGUGUGCCAUAGUGAACCUGGUGCUUGGUACCCCCCAUUGUUUCAAACUUUUCCAUGCCCUCCAUCACCUUUUUACAGUGAUUUCAAGUCUGUGAUUGGUAGGACUAUGUUUGAGACUGAUAGAGUUAAUGGUGAACAUGUAGAGAGAUGUAACAAAAUGGAUUAUGUUUGGGUUCCCACUGAUUUUCACAAAUCCACAUUUGUGGGAAGUGGUGUUGAUCCUUCCAAGGUGGUGAAGAUUGUUCAACCUAUUGAUGUUAAGUUCUUUGAUCCUGCCAAGUACAAGCCAUUGGAUCUCGCAUCAAGAGGGCAAUGCAUUUUAGGCUCUUCUAGCGCGAAGAAGAAUUUUGUGUUUUUGAGUAUCUUCAAGUGGGAGUAUAGGAAAGGUUGGGAUGUCUUGUUGAAAGCAUACUUGAAGGAAUUCUCAAAGGAUGAUAACGUUGCUUUGUUCUUGUUAACAAAUCCAUAUCACACUGACACAGAUUUUGGGAACAAAAUAAUGGAUUUUGUGGAGAGUUCCGAUCUUGCAGAACCGGUUGGGGGUUUCGCUCCUGUAUAUGUAAUCAAUUCCCACAUAGCGCAAAGUGAGUUGCCGAGAGUUUACAAAGCGGCUGAUGCGUUUGUUCUUCCUUCGAGAGGAGAGGGAUGGGGGAGACCUCUUGUGGAAGCCAUGGCAAUGUCGCUGCCGGUGAUUGCAACGAAUUGGUCAGGGCCAACUGAGUAUUUGACAGAUGAUAAUAGCUAUCCACUACCUGUGGAUGGAAUGAGUGAAGUGAUGGAAGGGCCAUUCAUGGGGCAUCUUUGGGCUGAACCUUGCGUGGAUGAACUUCAGAAUCUUAUGAGGCGGGUGAUGGAUCAUCGCAAUGCAGCUACGGCCAAAGGAAGAAAGGCGAGGGAGGACAUGAUAAGAAGGUUCUCACCUGAGAUUGUGGCUGACAUUGUGACAGAACAGAUAGAAAACAUUCUAAGGCAAUGAGAUUAUUGUUCCUGGUCUUGUCUAUUCUCUUCACAGCUGUUAGAAUCUGUGCAAUGCUUAACUCGCAGGGUGAUUGAUGUUCUAAGUGAAGAUAUUACAGAGUUCUCAGGAAUUUGAUUUAGACACUGAAUCUUAAGGAAUGAAAAGUAGUUUCUUCAAUGUGUAUACUUUUUCUUUCUUGGAAAUUUAUGUGAAGGAACACUAAUGUUUUUUCAUUGAAAAGGCUCCAUCAACUUUUGGGCAAUAUUUUGCUGCUGUUUUAGUAGGGGAAAAGAGAGAGGGUAACACUACUGUUUGUUUGUACAAAUUAUCCAGUGUACAGAAAAGAAUUAUUGAUGCGCAAAUUAUUUACUUUUAGAAAAUGAAUGAUACUAAAAUAGAAAUAUAUUACUAGUGAA